GUGAAAACUUGGGAGCAGCAGACCAUGAUGCCCACACAUCACUUGGCCAGUCAGGUGCAGGCAAUUUUGUUUUCCCACAGGCAAGUACAGAAGAUUUUAUCGGCGUGUUUCUGUCAGGGUCUGUCAGAGCACCUUGGCCAGGAGUGAAAGAUGGAUCAGCGGCUGUUGCAGAUCGUUGCCUUAUGCCUGGGCCUCAUCGGCCUUUUUGGAGCCUCUGCCGCCACGGGUAUGCCGAUGUGGAGAGUGACAGCUUUUAUCGGGGAGAACAUCAUCGUGUUCGAGACCCGCUGGGAAGGGCUGUGGAUGAACUGCUUCCAUCAGGCCAACAUCAGGAUGCAGUGCAAAGUCUACGACUCCCUGCUGAUCCUGCCUCCGGACCUCCAGGCCGCCCGGGGACUGAUGUGCUGCUCGAUUGCUCUGGGGGUCUUGGGCCUGCUGAUAGCCACCAUGGGGAUGCAAUGUACUGUCUGCAUUCAGGACAAUGACCACACAAAAGGGAUCAUCCUUGCCAUUGCUGGUUGCAUUUUAAUUGUCGCCUGCCUUUGUGUCCUUAUCCCAGUGUCCUGGACCGCCCACGUGAUCAUCAGGGACUUCUACAAUCCCCUGCUCCUGGAUGCUCAGAGACGAGAGCUGGGAGAAGCCCUGUACAUAGGGUGGGUGUCUUCGGGUGUCAUGUUUGCUAGCGGGAUAAUGUUUGUAUGUUGUAACAUUCCCCACAGUAAAGCGUCACAAGGAUCUUUUUACCCACCAAACCCUAGACUAACUGCAUACCAACCAGCUGUUUUGCAGCAGGAUCUGCCGGCAGUGUAGGAGGAAUAUGUGUGAGCUGAAAAUGGGACAAAGAGCAGCUCUCUUCUUCUUUUCAAUACAGCUGACAAGAACGAGGAACUGAAGUCUUCUUAAAAAGAUCUCUAUUCUCCUUAAAACCCUCGUGUACCUACUUGUUGUGAAGUUGAAAGUGGGACCUUACUCACCACAAAGCCCAUCACUGUGACGUUAAGCCUGAGACAUAAUAAGAAGAGGAAGGUGAAGUACAGUAGGAGGGUUAAUGUGAAGUGUACUGACUUGAAUGAGAUGAGUUUACUGUGGUCAUUUCUAAAGUGCUUACUUAAAACUCAGUAAACACUGGGACUGCUAUUUCCUCAACAUUGCUUUGUUCAUAUAAAGAAGGAAAUACUUACGUCUCAUUGUUUGGUGCAAUUCAUUAACUUUGCCAGAUAUACUUGUAUUCAUCUUUCAUGUGAAUUUUCAUCAAAUUCAGGCAAAAACUGUUGCAAGAAAGCAAGUUGAGCUUUCUGAUGGUUAAAUUAGUCUUAAGGCUACUGUAUAUUAGGGUAAGACCACAAAUAUAAUCACUUUUGACAAAUAAUUAAAUGGUAAUAAAUCAUAUAUAAUUUACUUUAUACGGGACUUCUAUUUUUUCAUAAAAUAAGUGGUAAUAAAACUCCCUUUCUCUAUCUGAUCUUUUUAUUUUGUAAAAGAAACUCCUUUUCUCUAUCUGAUCUGUUUUAUUCAAAUUCUUUAUAGUUACUGUUUUUUACACACAUAUUCAUAAUAUAUUCGCUUGGUGUUUUAUAUGGCUACUUUCUUGACAUUUUUAAAUAUUGAACUGAUAUUUUGGAUGAAAAAUUGCUUGGGAUUCUUCUGUUUCAUUAAAUAAUGAGAACAAGUGGUGUUUGCAAAUGUUGGUCAGAGAUAUGUUUAAUUUACCACACUAUUAUUAUCUGUUUAUAUGCUGUGUUAACAUUGAGUGCUAUUUUCAAAACACUUACGUAAUCUGAGCGUUUCACACCCGAUUACUUCUCCUUGGGAUUUUAGUGCCUAAGUGUUCUGUAUAUAGGAUCUGUUUACAUUGCAUUUUAUAUUAUGCUAUUAACAUUCUUUCCUUGAUUUAAAUCAUAUUUGACACCAUUUGUGACACCAGAACUUGUCUUUAUGUUCUAUCUGUUAUCUGUUCAUGAUAUGAUAAAUAUAGCCUAUACUGCAUGUAGCCAAAUCAGUACCUUUUACUUUUUAUAAUUGUUACUUAAAUAAUAUGUCAAAGAGAUAUUAAAAAGGGCUUUUAAUAGAAAAGGCAUUGUUUCUGAAGUAAUGUAAACUAUAAUUUUUGACAACGUUAAUACAACAUGUAUUGACUGUCAACACAACUCAAUAAAAAACAAACAAAUGUGCUUUUAAAUUGAAGGUCAAGGCCAGAUUUGAAAAAGAAAACAAAUAAUUUCUUAUAUGUUAUUUUCCAUUUGUUUAUACUGUACAAUCUGGUACAUUCUUCCAGUAAUUGAUGUGGUUUUAUAAGUAGCCUUAUGCCAAAAUAAUAUUUCCUCAGAACAGGAAAGAUGGAACUAAAUUUGGAGUCUGCAUUUUUGCAUGCAGAAUAUGUAAUGCAAAAAGUCAAGGUGCAGCCUGAAUUUGACAAUUAUGAGCAUUGCUAAACCCUGGAAUUGUGCAAAUUACAUUUUGAGUUAUAGAAUACACUGGAUUGAAAAACAUAAAUCCAGGUCCAUACAGUAAAACAUACCAUUAAUCUGACAUCAUAAAGGGUCCAAAGCAAAUAUUUCUGGAAGCCCUCUUCAAUUCAAGUUCAGUAGAUUGUGAUAAUGAUGUAAUUUGGCGCUAACUUUCAAAUUCUAGGAAAGUGCUCCCUCAAGGCAUCAUUUUAUGCUGAACUGACCAGCCUGCCCUUGAAAAUAUUUUUAAUUUCAGACAUCCAAAUGUGAUCUAUAUCUAUACUUCUGCACAUAAAUCCUUUCUGGCUCAGAUUUACUAAUUAAUAUUCCAUUUUAAAUAUUCAGUGGCUCUCCAUUAUCAUGUCUGAUUUUUAUACCCACUCAUUUUUGAAUUAUCAUUCAUUAACCACAGUGCUUGCACUGGUACUGGAGAUAAUAAAUACCAUGUAAGAAGUACACUUCUCAGAGUCUUGGUGUAUUUUAAACUCCAUUUUAAACUUUUCACUGCACUGGAGCCCUGGGUUCAAUUCAUCGGGUGCUAUCUGUGUGGAGUUUGUAUAUGAUGCCAGAUUUCUCCUGGGUUUUUGCCAGGCACUCAGGUUUGUCCACCACAGUCCAAACAGGUUAAUUGGCUUCUGGGAAGAUUGGCCCUGUUAUGAGUGUGUGUAUGUCUGUGUGUCUGUUCUAUGAUGGACUGGUAUCUCUGCCUUGUGCCCAUUAUUUACCAGGAAAGAUUCUGACUCUCCCACGACCCUGUACUAGAUAAAGCAGUCAAUCUGUUUUGUCUAUAAUAUUUGUAUAUUUUUAAAGUUUUUCAUAACUAAUAUUACAUGUGUAGUGACCUGUUUGUACCUUUCUGUAAAGCAUUUCAUAAUUUGAAAUGUA